AUGUCUCCUUUCUUUACUUUGCUCAAAGAUCUUCAACCAUACACUUCUAAGUGGGUAAUCAAAGCUAGAUGUGUUAGAGCAUAUGAAGUUUCUGGAACAAGCAACAAGAUAAAUAUAAGCUCCCUUGAUUGUGUUCUUGAAGAUAAGGAGGGGACUCAGAUUCAUGCAAGCUUCCCACGUGAUAUAAUGCAUAAAUUCAAAGACCAAAUCAAAGAAAACAAAGUGUUAUGUGAAAAAAGGGUUGGAACAUAUUUCAAUGUCUCCAAAGUGCUCCUGAACUAUGACAGUAAAGAAGUACAUGAUCUACGCAAAUGGUUUUCUGGAGAUGCAAGGAUUAAUCUUACAAAACAGAAUGUUGGAAAAAUUAUGAAAAAGGCUCUUGGUGAAUAUGAGGAUCUAAAAAUAAUAAGCCUUGAGGAUAUACUUUGCUUAGAGAUAGAGACAGUGUUUCCUCACUAUGGGGAAUGGUUCUAUUUAUCAUGCAAAAUAUGUGGCAAAAAAGUUGAUACAGCAGGAGAACAGUACUACUGCAACAAAUGCACUAAACACUAUUAUGAGGCAAUUGAAAGAUAUAGGUUUGUUGUUAAUGUAGUAGAUUCAACCUUCAAUGCAUCACUACUGAUAUGGGACAGAGAGAGUCGUCAAAUGAUGGGAAAAAAGGUUGGAGAGGUUGUAUCAGCAGAUAUGGAGCCUUUCAGUGUUAUCAAAAUGUGCACUAUGCCACAUAUAAUAGAGAAAUACAUGACAGCAUCUCUUAUCUCGCAUAAUACUGAAGUAGGAGAAUUAAGCUUAAAUUUCAGUGACCUUCUCUUUGGAUCAGACAUUCUUAAUGAGAUGAGAGUUGAUAGCAUGCAUAAAUCUGUUACAUCAACUAAAACAUUUGCAAAAGGUGAAGAAUGGAUUAUGAAAGCAUCAUCACUCGAAAGAAAGUUGGAGUAA